AUGCAAAAGUAAGAAGAUGAAAGAACGCAAAGUGUCGAUAGUUGGUCAGCGGGACACUGUGUUGGUAAACAAGGAACUAAUAUUUCAUCUCAAGAACCACCUUGCUAAAGAUCUGGUUAUUAAAGAUCAUAUCCCCAAAAAACAUGGCCCAGAGAAGCGGCGGAAGGAGAGCAAGCUAAAGCAUGAUCUGCUUAGAAGAACCUCUGUACUCAACGCCGCGUGUGAAGACACUGACAAGGGAACACGAGUUCACAGUCACUCAAAGAAGCAGCCACAAAAACAGAGUAGAACGAUGAACCUAGGACUACACACUCGGCUCAAGAGUUAUGAUUUUAAAGAUAUUGUCCGUCUUGUGGCUCUGCUGGCUAUCAGUACCAAACACUGUCGAAGCCAUGCUGUCCGAGCAGCUGAAGAGAACUCUCAGUCCUUAAUGUCGUUACAGCAGAUCAGACAAGUUCAGAGAAUGGCUGGGUCAAAGGAAGAGUUGUUGUUUGAUGCCGGCUACUUCAGCAGUGCGGCCAGCAAAAACAAGUACGUUCGACUGCCCAACAACGCUAAAGCUACCCUCCAUCUACCCUCCCAUCAGCGCACCAAUGAUUCUCUCCAACAAGUCCACAAACUUUUCCUGCAGAUGAAGCUCCUGUCCCAGUAUCCGCACCCCAUGCAGAUACAGCUCUGUAAGGUCGGGUUUUACUCCAGUUUCAGCGCUUCGAGGGUCAUCAUCAGACAGGGACAUCGGCCUUUUUACUUUUACAUCAUUAUCUCCGGGUCAGUGAUGAUAAACGAGAUGCAGCAGAGUGAAUCUACGGGAGAAAUGUACGUGACAACAAGGUGUGUGCUGGAGAAAGGAGACCAGUUUGGGGAGACAGCUCUCCUCCUGAACCAAACUAGAAACGCUACUGUUGUAGCACAGAGUGACGUGGAGUUGCUGGUCAUCGAUAAAAAGGACUUCCUACCAAUGUUUGAUGCGCAAGUGAAGAACGCACAAGGAGCAAAAAAUCCUCGGGAAAUGGAGCACAUACAGUACUUAAAGGAAGAGUGUGAAGCGUUCAAAAGGUUCCCUACCCACAUACUCUACACAAACCCGAUGAACUGUGUGGUUCAUUACUUCAGAAAGGGGAGUGUCAUUGUCAGGGAAAUGAAUACGGAAUGGCUCUACGUCGUCAAAUCUGGGACUUGUAGAGUAGUUUCAGCUAUGCCGAUUGAGAAGCAACUGAAAGAGCAAGCUAAAGAGGUGAUAGAUUCUCUGAGAAAACAUGGCUUUGAUGAGAUUGAUGUCUGCGACCUUGAGUUCAACUCGCUAGAACAAAAGGAAAAGAACAGCAAGAUUCGCUAUUUCCUCGAAUCAACUCCCACUCCAACUCCUAGUCCAUGUUCUCGGCCAAGGACCUGUAGCAAACAUACACAGGAGUCAAUAUCAGAAGGAACAUCCACAAGUGCUAAGUCAGCCAGCACUCCUGAAACUAAAGUUUGCAUGUUCGUUUGUGUCAGGACCCUGAAACCUGGAGAUACUUUCGGAUUCGAAAGUCUGGUAGGAGAAAUGCCCGAUAUUUCUCUUAGUGUCGUGUCCAGCAAUGCAGAGUGUGUUGUGAUCAGUAAGAAACUGUUCCAGAACUUUGUACCUCCAGACGUCUUGAUAUCUCUGAAAGCUAGAUUUCAGAAUUUCCCGUACCCGACCUCACACGAUAUCACGGCGGCAUUAAAUGCCCAGUGGAAGUGGUACAGCUACAAGAAGCAGCUCCUCAGAAACACCCUCAUCAGCAACGUAGCGCUCAAAGUCUAAACACAAGGAUUUAUUUUAUGAGGUUAAGUUCGAGCAAAAGGAUUUGUUCUGACUUUUCGAUUAACUUUGUAUCAUGUUUUUAUAUGGCACACUGCGAAGGACGUCAACACGUAUUUCAGCUCAGUGGUAGGACAGUAUUAAACAUGUCAGACAUGUCAAACACAAGUAAAUAUUUUUAGCACAUUUCUCAACAGCUGGAUCUAAAUAUUGGAACAAAGAGUUAAUUCAGUGUUGCAGAUCAUAGCUAUUUUGUCAAUUAUUUGCUGAUUCCAUGCGUAAACAAUUUUGAAUGAAUUAACAAUUUUGAAUGAAUAUCACCAAUACUUUUUCGUGUAUCAUUUCAAAAAACUACAUUUUAUGUAUCUGGGGCUUAGAGUUAAUGUAAACUUGAUAUCAGUAACAAAAUUAUUUUUUGAAUUGCG